AUGACGUGGAAGGACAUUGCCCCUGUGCCUACGGCACAGGAAUUUAUCGACAUCAUCCUCUCGAGGACACAGCGUCGUUUGCCGACUCAGAUUAGCAGAAUUAGAGCCUUCUACACCCGUAAGGUCAAGUUCACACAGGAAACAUGCAGCGAAAAGUUCGGCGCCAUCGUCUCGAGCUUCCCUAUGCUCACCGACCAGCAUCCUUUCCACCGCGAUUUGAUGAACAUUCUCUACGAUGCCGACCAUUUCAAGGUUGCCCUCGGCCAGGUCUCGACCGCCAAGCACUUGAUCGAGACCAUCUCUCGUGAUUACGUCCGUCUCCUCAAGUACUCGCAAUCUUUGUACCAGUGCAAGCAGUUGAAGAGAGCCGCCCUCGGUCGUAUGGCCACCCUCAUCAAGCGUCUGAAAGACCCUCUCGCCUACCUCGACCAGGUCCGCCAGCAUUUGGCCCGUUUGCCCGAUAUCAACCCUACCACCCGUACCCUCCUCGUGGCCGGCUUCCCCAACGUCGGCAAGUCCUCGUUCGUGCGCUCCGUCACCCGCGCUGAUACCCCGGUCGAGCCUUAUGCUUUCACCACCAAGAGCUUGUUCGUCGGCCAUCUCGACUACAAGUACCUCCGUUACCAGGUCAUCGAUACCCCUGGUAUUCUCGACCACCCUCUCGAGGAGAUGAACACCAUUGAAAUGCAGUCCGUUACUGCCCUCGCCCAUCUUAGAGCCGCCGUCAUGUUCUUCAUCGAUAUUUCCGAGCAGUGCGGUUACUCACUCAAGGCCCAGUGCAACUUGUUCAGAUCGAUCAAGCCCCUUUUCGAGAACAAGAUGGUCUACAUUGUCCUGAACAAGAUGGAUAUCAAGACCGUUGAGGAGCUUGACCAGGAAUCCCAGGACGAUCUUAUGGACCUUACCAAGUCCGGCAACAUUCAGCUUUUGCGCGCCUCUUGCGCUACCCAGGACGGUGUCCAAGAAGUCAAGAACGUCGUUUGCGAGGCCCUCCUCGUUGAGCGUGUCAACCAGAAGUACAAGGCCGGUACCAGCAGCAAUGGUACCAUGGGCUCUCGUCUUACCGAGGUCAUGUCCCGUAUCCACGUCGCCCAGCCUGCCGAUGGUGUUCUCCGCGAGACCUUCAUUCCCGAGGGUGUCAAGGGCCUCAAGAAGUACGACAAGGCCGACCCCGAGAGGAAGCUUUUGGCCAGGGAUAUCGAGGAGCAGAACGGCGGUGCUGGUGUCUUCAACGUCGAUCUCAGGGAGAACUGGCUCUUGGCCAACCCCGAGUGGAAGUACGACAAGAUCCCCGAGCUUGUCGACGGCAAGAACGUCUACGAUUUCAUCGAUCCCGAUAUCGAGGCCAAGCUGGCCGCUCUCGAAGAGGAGGAGGAGCGUCUCGAGAAGGAGGGCUUCUACAAGUCGGACUCGGACCUCGGCGACGAGUCGGAGGAGGAGAUCCUGCAGAAGGCCGAGUACAUCCGCGAGAAGCACAAGCUCAUCCGCAACGAGGCCAAGAUGAAGAAGUCGCUCAAGAACCGCGCCAUAAUCCCCAGGAAAAUGCAGAAGAAGUCGUUCGCCCAGCUCGAGGACCACAUCGACCAGCUCGGCGUCGACACCGAGGAGAUCAACCUUCGUGGACGUGCCCAGGUUCGCGAGCCCACUCGCGGCCGCUCGAUGGCUCGCAGCCGCAACGCCACCGAGGACCCCGAUGCCAUGGAUGUGGAUACCCCCAAGAGCGCCGCCGAGCGUCUUCGCUCUCAGUCUCGCCCGGCCCAGCGUGGCCAGGGUGCGACGGACAGGCGCAACGACGGUGUUACUGGUGGUGUGGGUAUGGAUGGCGAGACGGCUCGUUCCAAGGUCGAGAGGGUGGCCAAGCUCGGCCAGCGCAAGAUGAACAGGAUGGCCAGAGCCGGCGAGGCCGACAGGCAUAUUGGUGCUACUAUGCCCAAGCAUUUGUUCUCUGGCAAGCGUACGGUCGGCAAGACACAGCGUCGUUAA